GUAAUCUGUAACAGACUUGAACCGGCAUACAAAUAAUGUAUUAGAAAUAAGCCAUAGGAAUCUUAUGACUAAUAUAAAUAUUCCAAACCCAAACCCAUGGCUAUUUAUAGAAAUGCUUAUUAGAUAUACGGGUGGUAUAAUCAAUGAUUACCGGUUAGCAAGUGAUGGGAUUGAAAUAAGGCAACAAAGACCACGUUUAUGGAUAGCACAAGACAAAAAAAUAAAAACUGGGCUAGCCAAGUUGAGGAACCACAGAUUUUCAGUUGCCGAAUUUUUGGGCUACUGUAAACACAGUACACCGAAUUUUGGAAUAAACCGUCCCAAUGAAAAACAACAAGUUGAUGAUGACGGUGAUGUGAAUAAUAUUGCAGAUCAUAUUGAGCCAGCAGAGCACCAAAUUUAUGGUUAUGAAUCGUCUCCUCCAUUUUUCCAGCAGAACCAAUAGGAACCGAAAACGAUGGUGAUAUGCCGAUUGUUUAUGUCGGGAGAUAGAAUGAAGAAGGUAAUAAAUAACCUCUUAAAAUAUUUAUUUAACAAUGUGUAAUAUACCAAUAUUCAUUUUUUAAUAUAGGACUAGCUUUGAAACUAUAUACCUACCAAACAUUAAUUUUAAUAUUGUUUACUCAAAAAUCAUGAUAGAUACUAUAGUAAUUUAAAGAAACACCUUCUAAAUAAUGUUAAUUAGAGUACUGAGUAGUUGUAGAUUGUCUUCUGAUUUCACAA